UUAUCUGAGGAGGAAAGUUAAUUUACUAAAUAUGAUAUCGGAAUGCAAGAUAACACAAUAUAAUACAAUAUAAUUGGAAUUGAGGCUAAUAAAUCAAAGAAUUUGAAGGAUGGCUUAAACUUUGUAGAAAGAUGGCCUACACUUAUGUUGCAGCAGAUACUAAUGGAGGUCCUUGUGCAGUAGGAAGAUUAGCCCCAUAGCUCAUGAAUAAAAAAGGCCCCAGGUAACACAGGCUAAAGGAAAAGGAGGAGUGUUCAUCUACGUAACUCCCCUGUAACUGUAAUUCACAAGUUAUUCUACCAGCCAAAGAGGUGCCAAAGAGCAACCUACCUGUCAAGAAAAGUGGGAUGUUUCUCAGUGUCAGUGCCAUACAUGGGCAAACUGGAGGGAGAGACAUUCAGAGUUACGCUGCUUGUCUUCCCAGUUAACUAAUACAUGUGAUAAAGCUCUGCUUUCCUUGAAAUGGCUGAACAUGUGCCUGGUGAUGGAAAGAAGUGAAUGGACUCCUUUUUUUACUUUGCUUGCAUGUACAGCAACCUAUCAAUCUCAACCCACAAGUUCUUGCAUUUUCACCUUUCCAAUUCUCUCUUCCCCAUCCCAUUGGGGUGGAUUGAAGGAACAGCUGUGUGCUACCAUCUGCCUUCCAUGUUAAACUGCAAAACCAUGGGCCAGGAGAACCAUUUCAGGGCCACGAGCUUGGGUCCUUCAAUACCCAUCCCAGCUAGUCUGCAGAAGUGCUGGUCUUAACCAUAGCUAUGUCAACAUCUAGCUAUGGACCUUGUUGGCCCUGAUCUGUGGACUGAUUUCCCAUCUUGACCUCAAAACUACUCUACCACCGUGAAUUUGCUUGAUAGCUGGGACUGUGGGUCAAUGCUAUCUCUACUAAUUCAGAAUUUGCCUUGCUCCUCGAUUCAGAGGUGGUGGACAGCAUUCCCUUGCUGAAGGGAGCAGCUGGCCCUUGCCACGCCCUGGCACAUUUUACACUGAAUGGUAUUCACAAAGCUAAGCUGAAAAACUUCAGACAAUAGUGACCUGAUUACCAAACAGUAGUUACCAGACAAGCCCUGAAACAAUGUACUGUCAGGUUAAUGUAAAACCUUAUAUAGGAUUAUAAAGCCUUAUACAGAAUCAUAUGUACAUGUUACGCCUGAAAACAAAAGUUGAUGUCUAGGGCUAAACGGCAGCAAGGCAACUCCCUGGGUCAUGUUGAACCAAGGUGGGUUAGGAGGCAGCAACAUCUGGAUGAUAAGGUUCAUAUCUCUGGACAAAAGACAAAGCAAUUAUUGAGCAACCCUGGGCUACAAACACUUGGGUGAAAGCCAAAACUUGUCAGAAUUGUAUCUUUAGAACAAAAGAGAAGGUUGGGGAAAACAAACAAACAAACAGAAAGAUAAUCUGGCACCAGGAAAGAAGUAGAUGCUGAAAAAUUGGAAACUUUGGAGAUGAAAUGGUAUAUCCCAGCUUACAGAGGGGACUAAAACAGCAUGUUCUCUCCUACCUGACUGACCAACCCUUGCUACUCUCAAAGAGGUGACCAUAUAACUCUAGGAAGACAUAUUUCAGGCAACUUCAAGAUUUUCAGUGCCUCUCAGGAGAAUGCCAGCAUAUCUUAAUCACAUCCCAUUUCUAGCUGGGGCUAACCACUGAUAUUUUGGAGAAAAGCAAGAACAAGCCAAAAGGAUCAGCAUCAUGGAGCAGACACUACGUCUUUCUGCAGUCUGCACAGCAUGUUGGCAGAAACCUGCUGCAGAAGAGAGGUACAGCAGAUUUUGAAAAAACAUGAGCCUGCCCCACUGAAGGGAAAGGCAACAGACAGCUGCAGUUUAAGUACUCAUUCUACAGACUGUUGAUGAAUGAAUGAGAAGGAGAAAGGAUGUCUCAGGGCUGACAAAGCUCACCAGGUCUUGGGGGAAAGCUGCAAUAGUGACAUAAGCUGAGAUCUAAAAACAAGACAUCUGUGAGAAAAGCAGCACUAAGCUCCAUGCUGUUGAUGCUGCUAAGAUUCCAGAUGGGAUACAUAUGUUUCUGAUCAACAGACACCUUUAUUACAUAAGCUGUAUGCAACUAUAAGCAGGAGGCAUUUAAGAAAAACUCCAUUAGCAAAUUUAUAGAGUACUGCUUUCCUCCACAGUGCCCAGAUGCCUCCUGACAGACAAAGCUAAUGUAGUCGGAGGAGUCAACUGCUCCCUGUGAAGAAGUCUGAUGUGUCUGUUUUCCCAAAACAUCUGCAGGGAUGCUGCAAGGAGGGCAACUGGGACCAAAUGGUUUACAUAGCAAGAAAUGACUCAGCUCUGGAGCAUCAUGCUGUCACAUUUCACAUCUGCCCAGUUUGAGGCACUGGGUAAAUUUAUGCAUACUGGGCAGGCAGGUAUAACUUACAUGGGGAAUGGUUAGCCUAUAUACUUGCUGGAAAGAGCUAAUUCCCUGCAACUUCCCUUCCAUUCUCCCACCAUUUUUUAUACUUGUGUGCCUCCUCAGGAAUGCCUCUGGACAAGAAGAGCUCCUGGUCUGUGCAAGGAGAAAGAAGAAGGCUGCUUCAAGACAUCCCCAGUGUCCUUUGGCUUAGAGCGUUAGCAAUGGGAAAUCUUCCAGGUAAACAUGUCCAAACAAAACCUCCUGCGGUGGGCAUUCCACUCCCCUAGCCCUUGGGUGAGCAGAAAGUCAGAGGCAAUAGGGGAGACUUCCUUCGGCUAAAGUCUUUAUCUGCCCGAUGGUCUCUAGAAUCAUACCCAUAGCAGGGUGGGCAUAUGUGUUCAGUUCUGAAUUAAACUUUUAUGCCUUGGAAAAUGCUUGCUGGAAGUCACCUCUUGUAACUCUGGCAUUUCCUCUGCUCCUGGGAGAUGUCUGAGAGUGCUGUAAAGUAGGCCACUGGGUAUUACUGCUAUAACCUUGCAUUUGGCCUGCAAAUGCAUUCAUGGGCGUGUUGGUCCAGUUGGCUACCUUGGUUUACAAAGAGCAAAUUGUUUGGCCUCUUCUGCUCUCCCUGUAGCAUCCCCAUGGAUAUUUUGGGAACAGAGCAAUAUGCGGUUCCAUAACAGGGAACUCUUUUUGCUUUAGUUUCUUCCUAUGGCAGGAGGCACUAGGACGGCUGUGUUGCGCAGGAAAGGUUUUCUGCUCUUCAGAAAACAAACCUUGAAGAAUCUCAUUGUUUUCUCAGAUACAGGAAGUGAAACCUGGGACUGAUGCAAAGACACCUCAAAUUCUCUGUCCGUCUCUCCUCUGGCAAGGGUUUUUGCCUUUUCUUCUAUCUCCCAGCUUUUGGACUGAUGUGGCUGACAUAGCAAGGAGCACACCUUGGGGAAAACUGUCCAAAACAGGAGAGGCAGGCUCCUGGAGACGAGUCUUUCCCUGAGUUUUGACAGAUGCCUCUUUAAAAUGCCAACAGAGCCCUCUAGAGCAUUCACGCUGCAGGGCAGGUUCUCUGACAAUGUCUCCAGCUUUCUCUUCCUAGUUAGGCUUCACGCUGCUGCCUGCAUCCAUGGCACGGCGGUGUUUCAGCACUUUCUAUAGCAUGCCUGAUAGUGUGCCUGAAGGGGACGAGCUUUGCUUGGGCAUCUUGUCUUCGAGAAGCAACUUCGGCUAUUUGGCCACGCUGAAACGGAACACUCCUGCCUGUUCCGGAAGCCGGCAGGCCGCGCUCACCCCGCCAUCCCGCUCCCACCGCCUGACAGCGCCGCGGGCGGCGGGCGCACGGCUUCGGGGCGGGGAGCGGCGCCGUGGCGCUCCUGCGCUGGGCGGGCUCCCCUCGUCGCGUCCGGGCUGCGUUUGUCGCCGGCGCCGGUUGGCGGUGCUGAGCCGUGCCGCGACUUCGCUCCCCGCGCCGCCAUGGGGGUGCUGCUCUGGCUGAUGGUGCAGCUCGGCGCGUGCUCCGCGGCGUAUGAGGUGUACGUGGACGUCCGGAGAGCCGAGCGGCCCCUGCGGCACUUUUGGAGGAGCACGGGCUUUUGCCCUCCUUUACCUCACAGCUCUGCUGAUCUAUUUGACCUAAGCAAAGAUCAAGAGAUGAACCUUGCAUACAUUUCUUCUGUUCCUCAUGAUGGCAUUGAACAAGUUCGAAUUCACUGGUUACUGGAAUUGAUUACUGUCAGAAUGAUGAAUGAGAAACUUUACUACAAUUUUACUGCCUUGGAUAAUCUUAUGGAUCGUCUGUGGGAAAAUAAGCUCAUUCCAGGAUUUGAAUUGAUGGGGAAUCCAUCAGGAUAUUUUUCAAAUUUUGAAGAUAAAGAGCAAGUAGUAAGAUGGAGAAACUUAGUUACACUUCUGGCCAGCAGAUAUAUAGACAGAUACGGAUUGGAGCAUGUUGCUAAAUGGAAUUUUGAAACUUGGAAUGAACCAGAUCACCAUGACUUUGACAAUGUGUCUAUGACAGUGAAAGGGUUUCUCAACUAUUAUGAUGCUUGCUCAGAAGGAUUAAGAGCAGCCAGUACCCUACUAAAAUUUGGAGGACCUGGGGAUUCCUUCCAUCCCUUUCCCAAGUCACCCAUAUGCUGGAGUCUUCUGUGUCAUUGCUACAAUGGUACCAACUUUUUCACAGGGGAGACUGGUGUAAGGUUGGACUACAUCUCUCUUCAUAAGAAGGGAGGUGGGCAUUCUCUCUACAUCUUGCAACAGGAAGUGGAAGCAGUUGAACAAAUUCAGAAGUUGUUUCCAGAUUUUGCUUCCAUUCCCAUAUACAAUGAUGAAGCAGAUCCAAUGGUUGGAUGGUCUGCUCCACAACUGUGGAGAGCUGAUGUGACAUAUGCAGCUAUGGUUGUAAAGGUAAUCACCCAGCAUCAGAACUUGCUUAUUUCCAAAGCCAAUAAUACCAUCAACUACACACUGCUGAGUAAUGACAAUGCCUUCUUGAGCUACUACCCACAUUACUUCACACAGCGGACUCUGACAGCACGUUUUCAGAUGAACAAUACAAAGCCACCUCACGUCCAGAUGGUGCGGAAACCAGUGCUGACUGUCAUGGGCUUGCUGGCACUGCUAGGAGAAAAGCAGAUUUUUGCAGAAGUAAACAGCAGUGAAGAUGGAAGCACUGAAAACAAUACCAUUGGUGUCCUGGCGUCUGUGCACACCCCAAGUGAGCUGCAGCCCUCAGACAGUUGGCAAGCUACUCUACUGAUGUAUUCAAGUGAGGAUAACAGGACUUCAUUCAAUAUCAGCACCAUCAUAGUGAAUGCCACCCACUUCCCCAAACUCAAAGAGCCAAGGUAUGUGAUGUAUUACCUGGAUAACAACCAAACCAAUCCCUACCUGAAGUGGAAAAAACUAGGAAGCCCUGACUUUCCUUCCCCAAAACAGUUCCAGCAAAUAAGGGACGCUGAGGACCCAGUGGUAACGGGCCCCUUCCCUUUUCCUGAAAGUGGCACCCUGACACUGAAGCAGGACUUCCCUGUUCCAUCAGUCUUUUUGAUCCACAUCUGUUCAAAACCCAGUUCUGUUCCUGAUCAAGUGACUGGUGUUCGUUUCAUCCCUCUCACAAAGGGGCAGGUUGUUGUGCUGUGGGACGACGGCUGUGUAAAUUCAAAAUGUAUAAAGACAUUUGAAGUUGAGUUCUCACCAAAUGGAAAAGUCUACAAGCGGAUUAAUGCCAAAGACACAAUAUUCACUCUGUAUGUCUACAGUCCAGGAAGCUCAGUCUCCGGCUUUUACAGAGUGCAUGCCAUUGACUACUGGGGAAAGGCAGGCCUGUCCUCUGUUCCAGUGGAGUAUGUUGAAGCUCUCAAGUGACUCUGAAGAGUGGUGCCUGGUUUGUUGACUGAGCGGUCUAUGCUUCUUGCAGAUGACAACUCCCCAGAAAAGUAAACUCCUCCCAAGCUAAGGAGGGAGUAUAGAAAGGACCUGAUGAAGCAAGUUAGGAAUGCAAGUUAGAAGCAACUGCCCCUAUUAACUCUUCAGAGCUCAAAGACAGUGUUGUCAAACAACCACUGCUGACAACAGUCAUAGGACUGGCAUUCAGUUUGGUAACUAGAAAUUAUUGUUCUCUAUUUUUUACCAAUCUAAUACUCAGAACAGCCAAAUAUUUAUGAAGGCCACAAACUGCAGCAGGAGCAAUACCGUCACUUUAUUAUAUGAGUGAGGAUGGCAGUAAAGGCACAAGGAGGAUCUGAGAGUGAACUGCCUGUUUCAGCUGCCUGGCUAUCUUGACAUAACAGAGUGAUGGAAGAGCACACAGCAACCAGACUUUCACGUCCAGAUCAUGAAGUGGAGGAUCCUUUCUUUCCCACCAGUUAAUCAUACAUGCUCCUGAGGGUUGUUUCAGAGCACUUCCACUGUCAUUACGUGUAUGAGGUUCUUCUCCCACUCUGAGAGGGGGUUCCUGCCUGUGGACUACAUUGCACCUGCUGUUCUCUGUCUUUGCCUAAGUCACCUUCUUGCCUUUGUGGAGGCCUUUGUGUUUGUACAGAACCAUCAGUUACUGCCUUUCUAGGGUGAAGACUCCAGCCCGAAAAGUUUUUCUUCCUCUCUAUUCUGCUCUUACCUAGUCUCACUUUAUCCAGCCCUUCAGGUAACAUCUCUCCCCAGCAUGCUUCCCUUCUAGAGUUCCAUGCUUAGAUUGUAAAGGAGCCGAGGCUUGGCUUUGGAUUCCCAGGGAAGUUAAAAUGCUGGCUAGAGCGUUUUGUGUUACAGCAUAAAACGCAAUUGCAUUUAACAGAGGGCUGCAACUGAUGGCCAGCUAGGAAACUAAUCAAGAACAGUUUGAGUUUCUGUAUUUCACAAACCACGUGCUGAAGUGUGUUAUUGCUCCAGAUAAUGAGCCACAGAACACCUCUGGCUGUCCUUGCAAAUGCCAAACACUUUAUGCAACACCAAAGUUCCUUGAAAUUGCAGGGAUGUUUUUUUACUCACCCCUCUUCACAACCAGCGCAGUUUGAACUGUGCCUUUAAAAUGCUUGUAGAGGGAAGGAUAGUGCCAGUGAAAACAGCUGGAGUGUUUUCCAUAAGAGGAGCAACUUUGUCAUGCAAACAUCUCCCCUACUGCUCUCUUUGCUGAUGUAGGACACCUCACCAGCCUAACAACAAAGCUUGCAUUUUUGAUAAAAGACAGACAAAAAAAACCAAGUUUGCACAGUAGGAGAUAGCUAAACUAUCUAAAAUGGCCUCACCUUUACAGCACAGGAAAGAAACACAUACAAAAAGUUGGUAUAUACCCAAUGACACUUUCUAGUUACUCUUCACAUGCUUAUGCAAAAAGUUAGCUUUAAAAGAUCCAUUUGGUGUCAGAAUUCAGGUGAAAUAUUUCUUACCUCACUGAAAUUCAGCUGAGGAGUGAUUGUUAGAUCCAAAUCUGCCAGUCCCUUACUUGUAAAGACUUGUACAGAACAGAAAAAAAAACCACAUCAGAGCCUUCUUAGUUGACAACUUUAUGAGUUUCUAAAAAGUGUCAGUGAGAAGUUCUACCUGGAUGGAGAUAGUGAAAAUGCAUUUUAACAUUGUUACAACUACAUCCAAGUGAAGAAUCAGAAAAUGAAGCUAAAUAAAUCCACUAGUUAAGAUAUGCAGUUUGCCAGUAUGAAGUGGAACCACUGAGAAAACAACAUUUAGAAAUAUUUAAGUACUGAUCUCAAAGAGAUUUCAGUGCAUCUGAAAUAGGGGAAGAUACAGAAGCUUGAGAGGACAGUUAACCAUGUUAGGAUGUCAUAUUUAUGUAGCCUUAUUCUCUACAAUUUUCCUUCAUGGGCAAUCAGUAUGUAGCAGUAGUUUUCAAAUCAAGGACCAUGCAGUAGUUACAAAAAUUAUAUUUGCAAAAGUAGACCUAAGAAUACUGCAGAUGGAGGUAAAAUCUAUUCUGUCAGGACCAACUUCAGCUACUUGAAGAUCUGUCACUAGCAACCUCUUUUAGGACUUCUACGUUAAGCAUCAUCCAAAGUGUAGAUGAUGCUUUUUCAGCUAUUUCACUGGCAUUGGCAAAUGUGCAUGGAAAACAGCUGACCAAAAAUGGUGCACUAACUGUUCAGAAACAAGUUUUACAGAUUCGUCAAGAUUUAUUUAUUUUUCUUCUUUGUUGCUUUAGUAUAAACUUACUCCUUAAAGCAGUAAGCAAGCCUAAAAAUCUGUAGCAGAGGAGAGAAAGCUUCUAGGCUAGAAUAUGUUUCCAACAAUAUAUGAACUUGUUCUGGUCUUUUCUGUAUUUUAAUGACUACAAAAUUUGCUGUUCAGUACUUGAAACUUGAGUUAUCUGUGACUUAUUUGCCACUGACUGUCUCAUAGGGCUUCCAACAUUGCUCGCUUAAUCCUUCAUCUCUACCAUCUCCUCCUUUACAGGAGUAGCAGUCAGUUCCCCCCCACACUUAAAGCUUUUAUAAGUGCUGGAUGAGCAUGGUGGUAAGUGGAGAGUAGCAAGUGCUUGGUGGUUUUUGUAGCAACUGAGCCAACACAGCAUUGCAGAGUAUUCAGAUAAGUCUUUUUCUGGCUGAGCGAUACCAGUAAGAAGAUCUAACUGCAACCUCAAGAUGAGAUUGCAUGCUUUUCAACAAGCAAAAGCUUCUGAGAUUGUUUCGCAAUUGUUCGUUAAAAUUAAUACAAAUGAAAAAGCUCUCAAGGGGAUAUUUUAUAUUGUUUAAUUGUGUAUAUGCUGGAUUUGUUACCAUCUUUUGUGCUACGCAAUAAAAUCAGUUUUUUAAUCUCUGA